AUGCUAAUUUCAUUGCUCUUGCUUUUUAUUCUCUUCGUUCUUCCUAAUUUCAAGUCAAUACUGUCCAUAUCCAAGGCUUCGGAGGACCGGAACCAGGACCAUAAACCCACAUUGACUGCGUCGAUGGCGACUGACAUGUAUCCGCCCUACCAAGUUGAUCCAGAUGGAGAUAUCAUUCUCUUCACACCAGAAGCUUCCUUGAUUGAUAUCAACAAAGGCAAUGUGCCAGGAAAUUACGCUCGAUUUCAAGUCUCAUCGAAGCACCUCACACUUGCGUCGGGUUAUUUCAAGCGGAUGCUAAAAAAUUGUUGGGCUGAAGGGGAUGCUCUUUCAACCAAGGGGUUUGCUGAGAUUCCCGUCCACGACUUCAAACCAGCUAUCCUUCUGAUCAUUCUGAACCUCAUUCAUGGACGUUCACGACAAGUUCCCCAGAAGUUGUCCCUACAAAAAUUGACUGAUAUUGCCGUGGCCACCGAUUUUUUUCAAUGCCACGAGGCCAUCGAGAUGUUUGCUGGUAUCUGGAUAAAAGAUCUCGAGCCGCUUUUUUCGUCCAAAUUCUCAGAAGAUACAAAAAGGUGGAUGAUGAUCGCCUGGGUCUUCAAGUCCAACAGUAUUCUUCAAAAUACAGAAGAAAUUGCCAUGCAGCAAGGAACAGGUCCCUUUGAGGCAGGCAAUCUACCGAUUCCAAAAAGUAUCAAAGACAAAAUUGAUGAGGUCAGACAACAACAUAUGGAACUACUCCAGGCGAUGACCGGAGAACGGAUUGAAAUACUGUUAAACAGCCGAACGUCUUGUUGUGGCCCCGUGUGCGAUGCAACAUGCCUCGGUCUUAUCCUUCACAGACUAACCGAACACAGGGUAUCUUACUCAGUCAGUGUACUUUCGCGUCCAUACGAGCCUUACACCCCCUUUGUCGCCGUCUCUUUUGGAGAUCUCAGUCCUACUUCCAUCGACUCUAUGGUCAAAACGUGGAAGUUGAACCUGCCUUCUUGCGGACAGAAUUACGGAUGUAAAAACAAAACCAGCCCUUUUGGGGAUGGUGCGACACACAAAGCACAAAAUCUGCCAACUUUGCAACAGGACUCCGAGAUUUCUGUCUGA